GUCGUCACUUCCGGCGGCGAGAGAAGGCGUAACUUCCGGCGCUGGAGCGGCGGAAUCAUGCUGCUGCCUUGACAUCGCUUCCCACCAAGAUGACAUCAUCACCUGAACAGAAUUGAGCUGUUUUCUCCCCAAAACAUCUUCAAGCCUAUGCCAUCACCUCAGCAUCGCUUCCCACCAAGAUGACAUCAUCACCUUGACAGAAUUGAGGUGUUUUCUCCCCAAAACCUAUUCAAACCCACACCACCACUUGAGCAUCGCUUCCUACAAAAAAACACAUCAUCAGCUUGACUGAAUUGAGCUGUUUUCUCCCCAAAACCUCUUUGAACUCACUCCGCCACCUGAACAUCGCAUCCCACUAAAACCAUGUUAUCACCUUGACCGAUUUAAGCUCUUUUCCUCCCAAAACCCCUUCCAACCCCCUCCCUCCCUCCACCCCCUCGUCUCCCUUCCCCCCUCCCCCCGCAAGGAAUUUUUUGGGGGCCGCCAUGGCGGGGGCCGACCCCCUGGAGACGCUGCACGUGGAAGCCAGCUGCUCGGUCUGCCUGGAAUACCUUCAGGACCCCGUCAUCAUCGAAUGCGGGCACAAUUUCUGCCGCCGCUGCAUCACCCGUUGGUGGGCCGACCUGGCUCGCGAUUUCCCUUGCCCCGUUUGCCGCAAAACCUCCCGUCACCGCUCCCUGCGCCCCAACCGCCAACUGGGCAACAUGGUGGAAGCCGCCCGGCAACUUCGCCGUGGCCUCAAGAGGAAAAUGGGCCAGGAAAGUCGCUGCCCGGCUCACGGCCAAGCCCUGGCACGGUUCUGUUGCGACGACCAAGCCCCUGUCUGCCUCCUCUGCGAGAUCUCCCACGCUCAUCGCACCCAUCGCCUCGUGCCCCUCGAGGAGGCCGCCCUGGAGUAUAAGGAGAAGCUGCAGCGCUGCCUGGAGCCGCUGGAGCGGAAGCUGGAGGCCGUCUCCGCCUGCCGAGCACGGGAGGAGAAGAAACCAAGUGAGCUGAAGAGGAAGGUGGCUCUGCGGCGGGAAUGCAUCACCCGGGAGUUCGAGGAGCUUCACCAGCUGCUGGAGGAAGAGGAGCGACUGCUGCUGCGGCGGCUGGAGGAGGAAGAGCGGGAGAUCCUGCAGCGGCUCCAGGCCAACCUGGAUCAGCUCGGGGAGCAGCGGCGGGGGCUGGCCACCCUCGUAGCCGAGCUGGAGGAGAAGUGUCUGCAGUCAGGUGCCGAGAUGCUCAAGAACAUCAGGGACACCCUGGCCAGGUGUGAGGCGGCGGCGGCUCUGGUGGAAGAACCAGUUUCCGUCCCCAUCGAACUGGAGAAAAACUUCUGCAGUUUUCCCCGGCAAUAUUUCACCCUCCGGAAGAUCACCCGGCGCCUCAUCGGCGAGGUGACGCUGGAUCCCGACACGGCUCAUCCCAACCUGGUUUUAUCGGAAGAUCGGAAAAGCGUGCGUUUCGUGGAAGUUCGCCCUCGGGAUUUACCCGACACCCCGCGGCGUUUCACCAUCUACCCCUGCGUUUUAGCGGCGCAGGGUUUUACCUCCGGUCGCCAUUACUGGGAGGUGGAAGUGGGCGAUAAAACCCACUGGGCUCUCGGUGUUUGUAAAGAUUCGGUGAGUCGAAAAGGGGAAUUAACGCCGUUACCGGAGACGGGAUAUUGGCGAGUACGGCUUUGGAACGGCGAUAAAUACGCGGCCACCACCAUCCCCUUCACCCCGCUGACGGUGCGGGUCAAACCCAAACGGGUCGGGGUUUUUGUGGACUACGAAGCUGGAAAAGUGGCUUUUUACAACGUCACCGAUCGCUCCCACAUUUACACUUUCACCGACACUUUUACCGAAAAGAUUUGGCCGCUCUUUUAUCCCGGUAUCCGCGCUGGCAGGAAAAAUGCAGCGCCUCUGGUUAUCCGCUCGCCUACGGAUUGGGAGUGAGGGGGGCGGAAAGAGCGGCGCCAGCGGGGGUUUGGCUCAGUGACAGCCAGCAGCACCGGGAUCCGGUGAUCCAGCACCACCGGGGUUUGGUGCUCUGACGUCUGACACCACAGGGAUCCGGGGAUCCGGCACUGCCGGGGUUUGGCUCUCCGACAUCUAGCACCACUGGGGUCUGGUGAUCCGGCGCUGUCAAGCUUUGACUCUCCGACAUCUGGCACAACUGGGAUCCGGGAAUCUGGCACUACUGAGGUCUGGCUCUCUGACAUCUGGCACCACCGGGAUCCGGUGAUCCGGCGUAGACAGGGUUUGGCUCUCCGGUGUCUGGCACUGAUGAGGUUUGGCUCUCCAGCCUCUGCACCUCCGGGAUCCAGUGAUCUGGCACCGCCAGGGUUUGGCUCUCUGACAUCCGGCACCACCGGGAUUUGGCUCUCCGGCGUCCGGCAUCGCUGGGGUUUGGCUCUUGGACAUCCAGCACCACCGGGCUCUGGCUCGCCGGCACCACCGGGGUUGGGCUCCCGGCACCGGCCAGUUCCAGCUCUGCGGCAGCGGGUGCAGGUGUGUGGCAGGGCUGUCCCCCCCGCGUGUCCCUCUGUCCCCCCCCGCGUGUCCCUGGCCCUGUGUGUGUCCUGGGUCCAGGCCCCUGCGUGUCCGUCUGUGUCCUGCAUGUCCACACGUCCACGUCCCUCUGUGUGCCCCCACAUAUCCCCACGUCUGUCCCUCCCUGUCACCCCUGUGUCAGUCCAUGUCCCUCUGCAUGUCCCCAUGUCCAUCUGUGUCCUUCUGCACAUCGUCAUGUCCACCCAUGUCCCUUUAUGUCCCUCUGUGUGUCCACACAUGUCCCCAUGUCCGCACGUGUCCCUUUAUGUCCCUGUGUCCCUCCGUGUCCCCCCAUGUCCCUUUACGUCCUUCUGUGCGUUCUGUGUCCCCAUGUCCCUCCCUGUCCCUUUAUGUCCCUCUGUGUGUCCUUCCGUCCACCCAUGUCCCUUUAUGUCCCUCUGUGUGUCCCUCCGUGUCCCCAUGUCCCCCCAUGUCCCUUUAUGUCCCUGUGUCCCUCCGUGUCCCCCCAUGUCCCCCCAUGUCCCUUUACGUCCUUCUGUGUGUCCCUCUGUGUCCCCAUGUCCCUUUAUGUCCCUGUGUCCCUCCGUGUCCACCCAUGUCCCUUUAUGUCCCUCUGUGUGUCCCUCCAUGUCCCCCCAUGUCCCUUUACGUCCUUCUGUGUGUCCCUCUGUGUCCCCAUGUCCCUCCCUGUCCCUUUAUGUCCCUCUGUGUGUCCCGCCGUCACUCCGUGUCCCUCCCCACGUUCCCUCCCCGUCCCCGCCCUCACCCUCCUCCCUGCCUCGCACACGCCUGCCACACGCCUCCUACAUGCCUCCACACGCCUCCCACACGCCUCCCACACGCCAUGGCCCCCUCGGGGCCACCGGAACGGGGCUCGCUGGCCCGUUUGGUGCGAGAAACAUCCUGCCCGGCCUGCGGGCAAGCACUGCGGGACCCUGUCCUCUUGGCCUGCAACCACAGCUGCUGCCGCCGCUGCCUGCCCCCUGCCUGUGCCGAGGACCCCCCCGGAACCCCCCCUGCUGCUUUCUCCUGCCCCCGCUGUCGCCAGCCCUGCACCCCCCGCCGCCUCCGUACCCCUGUGGCCUUGGCCGUGGAGAGUCGCAUCGCCCAGCGCCUGCUGCGGGGGGACCCCCCGCCCCCCCGCCGGACGCAGCGCCGCAGCCUGGGGGCCCAGCUCCGAGCCGACGCCGCCCCCCCGCGCCCCCCAUCCCCAGAGGAGUCACCCGGGGGGGGGAACACAGAGCCCCCCAAAAGUCACCACCCCUCGCUGGUGCCCCCCCAAUAAACGCCGUCACCC